AAAUUCUUUCCCUAUCUCAAGAUAGAAUGCUCAACUGCAGGAAAUAAGGUAGAAAGGAACAAUUGAUGAAAGCAUAGUGAUGGCAGGUCCACAGACAAUCAACAUCAUGCAGCUGAAUGUCAUGCAGCUAACACAGCUGAAACAGCAGAUUGAUGAAGAGGUGGAGUUUUUUUCAUCUUCACUGCAGCAGCUGAAGCUGGCUCAGGGGAAGUUCCAGGGCUCCCAGGAGAAUCUGAAGCAGUUCACCUCUGACCCUUCUUGCAAUGCUACUCAGCACGAACUUCUCAUUCCAUUAUCCACUUCUGGUGUGGAAGCUGCAAGGGAGUACUUUCAGAGGAAGGUCCAAUAUUUGACCAAACAAAUUGAGAAGGUGCAAGAAUUGGCUCAGGAGAAAGUAAAGAUCAGAGAAGUGGUGAUGGAGGCAUUGGAGAGCAAGGUGAGUGCUCACCUGGCAUCUCAGCAAAAACAGACCCCUGCUCCAGUCUCCUCAUAGCAUGCAAACAUGGCAACACUAAACAAUGCUUGUGUGAGAAGGUUGAUGUGUUGUUUUUCUUCCUCAUAAAAUUAAUAAAGACUCCUUUUUUUUCUUUUUGAA